GAUUCACAAAAUGAUAAGGGAUCGGGAAACGAUUACUAGUCUAGUCACAGGGUCCUACUGCGACAAGCGAUCAAGAUAUUUGCAGUUAAAGUUUGAUAAUGUUAUUGUUUCUGCAUUGAUUACAGGUCCAAAUGUAAGUAUAUUGUCAACAAAGACUGCACAAUUGAUAGGUGCUACGUCCGACUGUAUUGUGAAAAUCCCUAAUGGAACACUGGCUAAUGGGGACAGUGCAGAAACUUUAGGUAAGAUUCACUUUUAUUUCUAUCUAGGUCAAGGAAUCCGGGUGGUUCAAGAUAUGUUAAUAGCAGAUGUUACUAGUCUAGCAAUAUUGGAUUAUGAUUUCUCCAAAAGUUCACCAUAUCGAUACCACUCCUUUAGAUGUCUUUUUUCCUUAUUAUACAAAAUAGAAGAUCCUGAAACUUCAUCAAUAAAUGUGAAAUAGAU